CUUUGUACUGAGGCUUUGCAUUACAAAAUAUGUUCAAAAUAAAGUCUUUUUGCGGAAGAUGCACAUUUCAAAAACAGUAGAUAAUAUAUGAUUAUAAAAAACAAUAAAAUAUGAUAGUUUGUCAUCUAUAUAGUAUGACAUUUAUGAGUUCAUUUAUAAUUUGUUUGAAUAGUUGCAUUUACGAGUGAAUUGUAUCUCCGUAGUAUAUAAUAUUAUUUUGAAAAUAUUACCCAUAGUGUUACUGUUACAGUUGGAGCAUGCACGUACUUUAGUCAUUCUCCAGUAGACGCUCUUAAGUCCGUGGAUACGGAUGUCGAAAUUAAUACAGAAGGUCCGCGAUUACGGUUGCUGAUGCAAAUAUCCGCAGCAUACCUGGUUGUGAUUGCCUGAGUUUCUAUGCAUACGAUUUUACUAACCAGGUUCAUUGUUAACGAUACAUGCCUUUACCGGUAAGAGCUAUUAACAGAAGAUAUAUCGGUACUUUAAGGGGAGUUAAGAGCAUGUUGGAUUAUUUGAAUAAUGUUGGACAAUGUGUUAACACUGCAAUCUACGGCCCAACAGCAGACGAGGUGAUAAAAAGUGAAUAUGUAAAGGGUAAAACAUGUCUUAUAACCGGUGCAAACUGUGGUAUUGGGUUGGAGAUGACGCGAUGUCUCACUGCACAUGACUGCACGGUUCUCAUGGCCUGCCGCAACACCUACGCGGCGAGUGUUGUCGCCAAGAGCAUCUGCGGAAAUAAUCACCGCCUUCGAUUUUAUGAAAUCAACCUUGCGUCAUUGAGAUCAGUUAAAAGAUGUUCAGAUGACAUUCUAAAAGAUUUUAAAAAAAUAGACAUUGUGCUGUUGAACGCUGGGACAUUUGGUUUACCUUGGACUCUGACGGAAGACAAUCUGGAAACGACAUUUCAAGUUAAUUACUUGAGUCAGUAUUAUUUGCUUACAAAUAUAGAGAAGAUUCUCGCCCCGAAUGCACGCAUUGUGUUCGUGUCGUCGGAGUCGCACAGAAAUAUCAAAUGGAGCUUCAGUGACAAAUUGAUGCCGACUGAACAAUUGGUUUCGUUGCCUGAACAUCAGUAUACGUCUAUUAAAGCGUACAACGUUUCAAAGUUGUGUGGCAUAUUGACAAUGCAUCACUUGGGCUAUCGCUGGCUCAACGACGGCAAGUCUGUGUUCUGCGCGCACCCUGGAUCUUUUGUGAAAACCCGUUUGUGUCGAAAUUGGUGGCCAUUCGAAGCGCUUUAUACGAUUAUGAAACCUUUUUCGAAGACAAUUAGUCAAGCAGCCAGCACUCCACUAUAUUGCGCCACGUCUCCAGAUUUGAACAACUUAACAGCAUUGUAUUACAAGGAUUGCCAGAGAUGUGACGAAAGCGAGCUGGCGAGUGAUUUUCACUUGUCGUUUAGAAUUAACGACUUGACUCGUGACAUACUCCGCAGUCGAGCGGCGGCGCCGGGCGAGGCCGCGCUCCGCGCUGCGCCUGCGCAAACUGACCACAUUAAACAUGCCAUGGACGACUCGCUCGUUGCUGGCUAUUGAAUGUUAUAUUUAAUUAUUUUUUUACUAUAAUUAUUCCAUAUGUUAAAUUAUUUUUUUCAGUUAUAUUUCUCUAUAAUUAAUGUGUUUUUGUCAUCUAGAUACGAUUUGUAUUGUGGUGUAUUUCAUCGCCGUGUACCAAAUAUUAUCUAAACGAAUGUCUACCCACUUAUUAAUGAUGUCUCUUAUGUUUGGUAUAAUAUUAUAGUGUAAUUUCAAGACAAUCAUAAUUAGAUAAUUAUUGUAAAUAAUAUCGUAUAACCACACGGUUGUCUUGUUAACGCAACAAAGAUCGAAAACAUAAGGCAAAUUAUCUGCAGAGCGGGUGGAUUUAUUUACACUUUUGGUACAUGGUCAAUGAAUAUACUUAUAUUCUAAAAUAAUUCUCUUAAUGUUUAAACUUUAACAAUCUUCGUGUAGAGUUAACAAAUAAAAUAUAGUUUCGAUGUAAA